GACUAAGCAAAGUUGUGCCUCCUUCGCAGGUUCCGUAGUCAGGAAGUAACGCUUUGUUUACAUCGUGAGCAAUUUAGCGGAAAUUAACUCAAACCAGAGCUGUAAAAUAGACAUGGCCGACGACGUACUCUUUGAGUUCCUCCACAUGGAGAUGGUGUCCCAUAUUUACAAAGACCAAGCCUCGAGAGGGGAGAUGGACAAGGAUAGGGCAACGUGUGUGUCCACUCUGGAAGGCAUGGGCUUCAGAGUAGGACAGGGGCUUAUAGAAAGGUUCACAAAAGAUUCGCCCAGCUUCAAAGAUGACUUGGAUGUCAUGAAAUUCAUCUGUAAAGACUUCUGGAUAAAUGUCUUCAGAAAGCAAAUUGACAACCUUAGGACAAACCACCAGGGUACUUAUGUUUUGCAAGACAACAAGUUUGCGCUCUUGACACAGUUUUCUAACGGGAAGCAGUACCUCGAGGAAGCUCCAAAAUAUCUGGCAUACUCCUGUGGAUUGGUGAGAGGAGCUUUGUCUAACUUGGGGAUGGAUUGCGUGGUGACAGCUGAGGUCUCCCUAAUGCCCUCAUGUAAAUUCCAGGUCGUGAUUCAGAAGAUUUGAAUAGGACCCACCUCUUUAAAAUGUUAUGUUCAUCUGUGACAAUAAAAUAAUGUGAAUGUCAACCCUAAGGUCCUUAAAUGUCAUUACAUUGAAGGUGGUUUACUACAUAUUAUUUUUGUAUUACAUAAUUUUUUCUUUAGAAAGCAAUAAUAAAUUGUAAAGAAUUACACACUUAUUUGAGUUUUAUAAACAUACUUAAAAAAAGCUUAAUGUAGUCACCAGAUAUUGAUUCCUCUAUUUAAUUGUCUUUAACAGAUUUAUUUUGUAUCCUAACAUCAGUUUCAUGUCUUUGUAUAUUAACUAGAAUUAACUAGAAGGUGUUGCAGUUAGUCUGUUGUAGGUAUCAUCUCUGUUGUUGAGGGAAAUCAAAUACGAAUUGCAUUUUUAUUCUCAAAUGAUUUUCAUACUUAUCCCAUGUCAUUUCCUUGGCUCUUUGUUGACUGCAUUUGCUAAAGAAACAACAAAUAGUUGUUGACAAAAUAACUUUUUUAUGCCACUAGAGGGUAGUCUCUGCAAUAUACUCUUCUCGACAGCAUGUCUGUGAAUGGAAUUGGAGUGCAUUAUCAUUUGAAAAGAGAGCCCAGUUGAACAUUAUAGCAGUGAUAUCCAGUUGUCUCUUUCAAACUUUGUGAAUCAUGUUAUUAUCUUGAGAUGUGAUCUUUCUGCUUUACCCUGCAUCAAGAGAAAUACAUUUAAGACCUGGAUUGAAAAUGUUGUUUGUACAAAAUAAUACUUUAAAGGGGCGAUCUGCAGUUACUACAUCCAUUUUUUGACUUUUAAAAAAAAUAAUUUUUAAUUAUUAUUUUUGUGAUUAUUUUUAGAAAAUAACUUAUAAAUGCGUCAUGAGCUUAGUUCACCUGUCUUACCCCUUCAGAACCCAAAAUAUAAGUUUGUUUUACUCCAAUGUUUGUAAAUAAAGUACAAUUCAAGAAACAGUAUAUAGCCUCAACAUGGUUAACACUAUAAGUUGGGAUGGUCAUUGCUCUGUCUAGGACUUUCAGAGUGGUUACAUUUCUCCAACCCAUCCCUCAGCUUUUUCCAGAAACGGGGCUGGAAGGACGCUUUGUUAUUAUUACAACUGCAGAUUGCCACUUUAAAACACUAUUUGAAACAUAUUUGAUCAAGUUUGGUAAUACUUACUGAAACAGGAAGUUACCUCAUCUCUUACUGUUCCAUGUAAAUGUUUUAUGGAUUGAAAUGCAUCAUUCUGUUCUGUUUACGAUCAUCAGUGCCUCAGGCUCUAGAAAGGCUGUGUUCAGCUUUCAGCAUUUCAAAGGAUAAGCUAAAACCUCUGUGUUUUGUAUACAUUUACAUUACAUUUAAGUCAUUUAGCAGACGCUCUUAUCCAGAGCGACUUACAAAUUGGUGCGUUCACCUUAAGACAUCCAGUGGAACAGCCACUUUACAAUAGUGCAUCUAAAUCUUUUAAGGGGGAGGGGGUGAGAAGGAUUACAUUGUAAUCACAAAUUACAUUAUUAUUAAUUACAUUGUAUGAAAUUGUGCUUCAAUACCAACUGGACAGGAUCAAUCUAUUUGGCACAAAAUGUUGUAAUGGUCAACUGCAUAUUGUUUUGAAGAUCAUGAGUAUAAAUACAGAGCAGCAGAAUUAGGCUAGGUUAGAUAAAUGCUCUUCCUAGUUUUUACUUGUCCCGGGACAUUUAAGAGGAAGGAGGAUGUAUGUAGGCUAUGUGACUGGAUUGUGUCCCAGAUAUUCAUUCCCUUGUGAUAUUUGCUUCAUUCAUUUCGACAUCAAGCAGACUUUUUUUUUUACGUUACAAAUCUAUUUGUAUUCGACAUGGAAACCUCUCCCUACCUCUGAUGAUAGAUUUUAUACCCUUUUCAAAGACCGUGUCCUCUUCCUGAUUUUGACAUAUCAGUCAAGUCAGGUUUAUUAGUGCUCCCCUAAAACAAGCUUGUAUUAGACUGCCACGUCCUGUUAUUUAAUUAACUGUAAUAUUUUGAGUUUGGCUCUGGUUCAGGUUAUCUAGAAAAGUCCUGCCUUGCCCUUUUAAGGAAAGGCAUUCUUAGGAUAAAAGGAUUAAUGUCAGUACCUCCAAAACCAAGCCUUGUAUUGCCCCCCUCAACAUAGCCAAAAGGUCGAUCAUUCCUUCACAUUUACACGUCUUAUAUCCAAGCACAAAGUCACCGGCGCCAUCCCUUCGGUUAAAGGCCUUUUUUUCCCUUGAAAAGAAACAAAUACAGAAUGCUUUAGCUUUAAACUAAAGGUACACAAAGGAGAACGUAGGGCAUGACUACCUGGGGUGAGCCAUUCACAGGCUCUCUUUGUGGAGAACUUUUACUUUGCCACAGGGAGAAGUAAAUAAAUGCUCUGAGCCAGAACUCCAGCUGUCUCACUUCUCCUUUCUAAAGCCAUAAAAAAAAAAGAGGCUGGAGUGAGGUGGUGUCUGCUCCGUCACUCUAAAACAGAGAAUUAACUAUGGCCAACUUCAAACGCCCCGUCUGGUCUGAAUGUAUGUUCAAGUAAACAUCCUCCACAGUUCCACCUCUUAAUUCUCCUCCCCUCCCCCCAUUCCUUUCUUUUAGGUCUGAUGCAGUUCUCUGUUUUAUUUUGGGGGUUUUCGCAAACAUAACCAUCUGUGCUGGAAAGAUUUCUUCCCUCAAAUGUUAUUUUUUUCCCCUGUGUCGUGUACCAUUUCUGUAAAAUUUCUACCAUAUAGAGUUGGUUGUAGUGAAUGUAUUUCUGUAAUUCCAGGAAACCAGUUCAAAGACCUAUGCAAUUUUUACUACCAUGGUUGUUGUGCUAUAAAAGUACCUGUGCUUUAAUAGCUGUAUGGUCUUUAAAUGUAUUUUUUUUUCUCCAAAUAAAGAUAAUUGUUUGAACUCUUCAA